AUGGCGGCUGAAGAGGAGGAGCUUGCUGAGUGGCUAAUAGGAGGAAGGGGGAUGACUGCAGCGCGCAGCGCUGCUGGAUCUGUGGCGGCAUUUAUUUGCGGAGAGAGAGCCACGAAAAACUCAGGAAGAGGCCACGACGGCGCUCAGGCUGAAGCGACAGCGGAGGCAGCGACAAUACAUAGGCAGAGUGCGUUGUUCUCCUCCCCCGAAAAAACGCCAUUAGAGGGCUUGUUGCAAAAAGAAGCGCCUCGUAAUCACAGUCCCCCGUGUACACCUGAAACAGCCACGGCUGCAGCUGCGCCAGUGGAACGUGACUCGACGAUGGUCGACUUUGGGCAUGAAGAAGGCGCUGCCCAUCAACCCGCAAAACUCGCAGAUGCAGCAGCUCCUCUUCGCGACAGUCCUCCAGCUGCCGUUUCGACUGCCUCCAGAGCAUCUGCCGCUGCGUCUGCAGCUCCCCUUCCGCCUCCAGAAUCCGUCCCCGCCUUCGUCGCUCCCCUCUGCCCUCCCCUCUCCGCCACAGCGCCGCGCAUCGCAGCGCAACCCUCCCCAGAGGCUGCCGCAACACAACCCUCCCCAGAGCUGCUGCUGGCUGCUCUGCGCCUCUUCACCCCCCGACCACUAAUUGCUGCCGGCAACAUCUUCCUUGUCUUCCUGGGUUGCGGGCAGCACAAACAGCCGCGGCACCAGAUACACUCCAGCAGUGGCAGCCUUGUUCGCCUCUUCUUCUUGGCUUUUUUCAGCCUCAUUCUAGGAAUCUCCGAUGCCUUCUGGCUCCUCGUGAAGUGCACUGGACCCUACGGCAUGUCAUGGCUAGAGCCCAAGUUUUAUUGGAAGCCUUUCAUCCUAGGAGCUCCUGCCAUCAGCGCCACUCCAACGGCGGAAUUCUCGCAGGAGAAGCCUCCUCCCGCAAGCGCUUCUGCGACGGAAAGACUGCUCCCCCCAGAGCACCUGCCUGCCGUCUUCCAGAUCUAUCUAGAGCUGGGCACCUUCUGUGUCAGCCCUUUCGUCUGCUUGGUAGGCGCGUGGCUCGCUUGGCGCCUCUACAAGGCACGCUUGCCCUCGCUGGAAGCUCCUCCCCUCGCCUCACUCCGAGGAUCGAACCAUAAACGCAACGCAGCGCUUGAAGCACCCACGCGGCUUGCUGAAUGA